AUCCGCUAGAUUAGAGGAGGCGCGCGGAUCACGCACACGCAGGAGGUGCAUAGUUUCUUCAAACAAAAACUAUUGUGCCUUUUAUCAUGCGUUUGGAGCAGUUUCGCUAUUAAUCAAGGACCGGAGGAUGUGCGAUCUAUAGAACUGGAUAUGUAAACAUUUUGUAAGCCUCUUGUCAGACUUUAUUUAAAGAAAAAAAGAAAAAAAAAGAUGUUUUUACGGAUUAGAUCCAUGAAACUCCGAAGAACAACACAACCUCAUGACUAAGACAGAGCUAGACGGAGGAUUUCUUCAACUCGAGAUCGCCUCACACUAUUGCACACCGUAGAUUUUAAUGAUUUAUUUUUAUUUUGAAAAUAUGAUUCACUUGACCUCCAAGAAUAGCUAGAAUCAAGACUCAGUUUUUCUUUGUCUGAGCAUUAUUGCAUUGACAUGAUGAUCCCUAUAUGACUGCUAGUUAUAUCAAGUUCUUCAAUUAUCCAGUGCAAAGACAAACAUGUCAACACUCAGACUAUUUCCUAAUUAGACAAGAGAUUGAACAAUGGGAAUGCAAUAAGAAUUGCAUUGCUUUACGCCUGUUAAGACAUUAAUUGAAAGAAAUCCUUUGUCAACCAACCAGAGAGAAGCGCGUGUGGGAUCUGACUAUGUCCUUCUUUAAUUUCCGAAAAAUCUUUAAAUUGGGCGCAGAGAAGAAGAAAAAACAAUAUGAGCACGUGCACAGGGACACAAAUCCGGAGGAAAUAUGGGAGAUUGUGGGAGAACUGGGGGAUGGAGCCUUUGGAAAGGUGUUCAAGGCUCAGAACAAGCAGACAGGCAUUUGUGCCGCUGCAAAAGUGAUUGACACCAAAACUGAAGAUGAGCUGGAGGACUACAUGGUGGAGAUCGACAUCUUGGCGUCAUGUGAUCAUCACAAUAUCGUCAAGCUGCUCGACGCGUUUUACUAUGAGACCAAACUGUGGAUCCUGAUCGAGUUCUGCGCCGGCGGGGCCGUCGAUGCGGUCAUGCUCGAGUUGGAAAGGCCUCUGACGGAGCCGCAGAUCAGGGUGGUUUGUAAACAGACUCUGGAUGCUCUAGUGUAUCUGCAUGAAAACAAGGUCAUCCACAGAGACCUGAAGGCUGGAAACAUCCUGCUCACACUGGACGGAGACGUCAAACUGGCGGACUUUGGAGUGUCUGCCAAGAACACAAAGACGGUCCAGCGAAGAGACUCUUUCAUUGGAACCCCUUACUGGAUGGCUCCAGAGGUUGUGAUGUGCGAGACGUCUAAGGACAGGCCGUAUGACUAUAAGGCCGAUAUUUGGUCUCUAGGAGUCACUCUGAUCGAGCUGGCGCAGAUCGAACCGCCCAACCACGAGAUGAACCCGAUGAGAGUCCUGCUCAAGAUCGCCAAAGCUGACCCUCCUACUCUCCUGCAGCCUUCAAAAUGGUCUCCCGAGUUCAGUGACUUCCUGAAACACGCACUGGAUAAGAACGUGGACAACAGGUGGAACACAGCACAACUUCUUCAGCACCCGUUUGUGAGUAGUGUGACUGACAGCCGACCCCUGCGGGAGCUCAUCGCUGAGGCCAAGGCGGAGGUCACAGAGGAGGUAGAGGAGCUGAAGGAGGAAGAGGAGGAAGAAGAUCAUGAAGGAAACCUGCUUCGCGGACACAAGCGCGCACCAUCUGACGCUAGCGUCGGCAGCUCUGAAGACGAGAAGCUUCCCCAGUCGCCGUCCACCUUGGAGUCUGUUCCUGAAAAGAUAGAGGACGUCGCUUCCCCUAAGCUACCAGAUGAUAAUCUUACAGCUGGAAAAGAGAAGGAAGAAGAACCUCUGAAGGUGGAUGAGAACCACAUCCGGGAUGUAACGGUACCUGGAUCCAAGGAACAAGCUGUGGAAGAGUCUCAAGAACCUAAAGCUGAAGAAAAGGCUGUAGAAGCAGAGGUUGUUUUACCAGAGACUCCUCCUGACACGAUAGUCCAGAGGGUGGAGCAACCAGCCAAACCUGAUGGAGAGAAACUGGAGGAGAAAAAGGAGGUGGUGGGCAACGGUGAGCUCAUAAAGGAAGUGCCUGCUUCAGACAUGGCUUCAAUAGAGACUCCAACUGAGCCCACUAAACAAGCUGAGCCAGUGAAAGAAGUAUCUCCAGUGAAAGAAGUAGAGAAGGCUGAGGAAAAGGAGAAACCUGCAAUGGUGGAGAAAGAAAGCCCGGUGAAGCCUAGGUAUGUGAAGAAGCAAGACUCUGACUCGGGAAUAAGUUCGACAGCUGACAGCAGCAGCAUAGACCUGAACUUAUCCAUCUCCAGCUUUAUUAGCAAGUCCAAGGAGCCAGGAACCAUCUCUCAACAGGACAACAAGAGGCAGAAAAAAACUCUGAAAAAGACUCGCAAGUUCAUUGUGGAUGGAGUGGAAGUCAGCGUGACGACAUCAAAGAUCAUCACAGACAAUGACACCAAAAGCGAGGAGAUGCGAUUCCUCCGGCGUCAGGAGCUGAGGGAACUGAGACUUCUGCAGAAAGAGGAGCAGAGAGCCCAAACUCAGCUCAGCAACAAACUCCAACAGCAGCGGGAGCAGAUCUACAGACGCUUCGAACAGGAAGUCACGAGUAAGAAGCGUCAGUAUGAUACGGAGGUGGAGAAUAUGGAACGGCAGCAGAAACAGACCAUCGAGCGCCUGGAGCAGGAACACACCGAUCGUCUCCGAGACGAAGCCAAACGCAUUAAAGCUGAGCAGGACAAAGAGCUCUCCAAGUUUCAGAGCACGCUCAAGAACCGCAAGAAAGAGGAGCAGGAGUUUCUUCAGAAGCAGCAGCAGGAUCUGGACAGCGCUCUGAAGAAGAUCAUUCAGCAACACAAACGUGAGCUGGCCACGAUCGAGAGAGACUGUCUCAACAACAAGCAGCAGCUCCUGAGAGCCAGAGAAGCCGCCAUGUGGGAGCUGGAAGAGCGCCACCUACAGGAGAAACACCAGCUGCACAAGCAGCAGCUGAAAGACCAGUACUUCAUGCAAAGACACCAGCUGCUCAAAAGACACGAGAAGGAAAUGGAGCAGAUGCACAGGUAUAACCAGCGUCUGAUGGAGGAGAUGAAGAGCAAACAGACUCAAGAGAGAACCAGACUGCCUAAGAUCCAGCGCAGUGAUGCUAAGACCCGCAUGGCCAUGUUCAAGAAGAGUCUGCGCAUCACAACCACAGGGGUCACGCCGGAACUGGAACGUGAGAGGGUCAAACAGUUUGCAGCACAGGAGGAGAAGAGACAAAAGAACGAGCGUCUCCAUCAACUCCAGAAACAUGAGAAUCAGAUGAGAGACCUGCAGACGCAGUGCGACGCCAACGCCAGGGAACUCCAGCAGCUGCAGAAUGAGAAGUGUCACCUGUUGAUCGAGCAUGAGACUCAGAAGCUGAAGGAGCUGGACGAGGAGCACAGCGCAGAGCUCAAGGACUGGAGAGAGAAACUCAGACCCCGCAAGAAGGCCCUGGAAGAUGAGUUUGCCCGUAAGCUUCAAGAGCAGGAAGUGUUCUUCAAAAUGACCGGGGAGUCUGCAUGCCUUAACCCCUCCACCCAGAGCCGAAUCUCUAAGUUCUACCCCGUCCCGAGCGUCCACUCCACCGGGUUUUAAAGCACAGAGAUGCUGAACUGCUAUGACUGAACCUCUGCUGCCUCCUUCCCUCUGAUCGCUGCUGUCAGUCAGAACGGAGGGCCGGAUUCUUCUACAUUGGCUGCACUGACAUCUGUCUAAAUUCCUGUGCUCCUCCUCCGACGAGUGGCAUAUAAAGCCUCACCUGUGGGGAAAAAAGGUUUGUCAUGACAUUAUCAUGAAGAAAUAUACUGUAUGAUCAAUUAUAUAUUUUGUAAACUGGCUCAUA